UUCUUAUUCUUUUAAUUGUAUUGCUUAUUACAGUUGCUACUCUAUUAUUCAACCAAGAAAAACUCAACCAAAGCAGAGAAAAUUUCACGCGAAAAAUACCGAUCAUUCAUUCAAAUUUCCCUCUAUUUCCAUUUCGGAUAAAUUAGAGGGCAGCACAAUCCGGUGUUCGGCGCCAAUAACCGCAAAAAAGAAGGAGCUGAAACGACUCCGGAGCACAGUGUGUGGAUAUACACUUCGUCCAUCUCCCCGAGCUGGAAACGAGUGCAGGUUUUACAUUAUGGCCAACGCUCACAGUCCCACGCGCUUCAAUGGAGAAGCUGACAACUUCUUUGAUCCCAACUAUACCCUUGACAUAAACAAGCGUAUGAGAGUACCCAAGAGCAUCAGAGUCAGUGGCGAUUAUACCGAUGAAGAUAUCCACAAUGGAACUAAUGGUUCUGCAUGGAAUAUCAUGCCAGAGAAGUUUGACAUGCAUGUGCCAGAUCGAAUCCUAGUUGUUGGUCAAGAGCAACACAUAGGCACCAAAGCACCUCCUAGAGAAAUUGCUAUAGAAAACGCUGUCUUGCCUUCUGAACCACCUAUUAUUCGAUGCAUUACACCUCCAAGGGUAUUGACUUUGGAUGCUCAUUAUUUUCCAACUGUAGAUGAAGAUAGACAAAAUAAUACUGAGGCAGAAGUAGUUCCUACUAAGCCCAGGGAUCCUUUUAAUAAUGAAACGCAAGCUGUUGCCAGACAUGUUAGAGAACAAACUCCAGCAUAUAAUAUCCUAGACCAGUCUCUUCCUCCUGGUGAAGAAGUGCAGCACUUGAGACGGCAAGUAGGCAAACUGAACCGACGAAUGAUGGCGAUUGAAUCCGAGAUUCAGCAACAGCAGCAGAGAAUGAAGUUGAUUUACGUUAUGACUGCGAUGUACAUUUGCUUUAAGACGAUCUUCUGGUUUGGCAAGAAUUAAGAGAGAACAAAGUCCUCUAAGAUUCGAGGAAAAUCUCUGAUCACUGGUGGUACGUCGACGCAACACGUUACUCUCAUACUCUCGAGACGAGUUGGUACCAAAGAGUAUACUAUACAUGGCGAUCAUGUCAACGAACAGCUCUGCAUGUGUAAUGAAGCGAUCGGAAGUAGCACAAAAUUUCUUUUCUUAUUCCAUCCAUAUUUAACGUUUUUUAUUUGCCCAAUUUAUGGAUUUCAAAGCAAACUCAUGCUCGAGUGACGUAUCAUCAAAGGAUUAAUUUUCUUAUAAUGAAUUGAGCGAAAAUAAUUUUUAAAAAUGAUUAUCGCAAAUCUGCUAUCUAUAAGACAAGAUUUUAUAUAUUCGCGAAAAUGAAGUACCAUGUAGUGAUUUCAUUUCUUGUUGAUGGUAUAUGCUAUUUUUUUCCACUAGUAUUAGAGAUGAACUGUAGUCGUUAAAAGUAACGUUACUAAGAUAAUGGAGUAGCAAAAUAUUGAAUUUUCAUGGUAUGCAAAGUAUAAAACAAAAAUGAAAAAAGCAAAAAAAAAAAAGAAUCACGUUGGUAAAGUCUGGUCAAAGUAUAGAAAGUGACCUUAAUUCAUUUACCACUUUUUUCCUUCCUAUUCUUGUUAUGUCGAAUAAUUGUUGGUAAUUGUAUUUAAGUAAGGACUAAAGCAGUGAUCCUUAAUCUUUAUUCUAUUAAUUAUUAACGUCAUAUUGGUAAUUGUACAGAGAAUUUAUGUAUAGCAUUGGUGAAGCUACAUAUGCCAUUUCUGCAAUUGAUCCCAGAAAAUACAUAAAAUCAAACUAGUAUUGUACUCUUGUAAGGACAAGACUGUAUAAGACCUCUUAAAAGGUGGCCAUAACAAUAUGCAAUGAUGUACAUUUACAUAUGAAGACGCUAGCGAUCUAUUGAAACAAAAAAUAAAUUUAGGAAUCAUGAUUUUUUUCCCAAA